AAGGAAGGAAGGAAGGAAGGAAGGAAGGAGGGGGCGCGCCGCUGGACAUCGCCCGCUAGCUCUGCGCCUUCUCCAUCCUGCGCUCCGGGAUCCUCCGAGCAACAGCGGAGCCGGGGCAGAGGCAGGAGGCUGGGAGAAGCAGCUGGGGACCCCCGGACGCCCACCCACUUACCCGCUCACCCACUCACCCACCCGGGCACUGGAUUGCCCCGGAGCGGAGGGUGCAAACUGUGCGCCCCGGACGAUCUUGAGCUGAGACUGGGAAAGGUCACCCCAUGAGCAUUGGGGGGCUUGAGACGGACUCUUCUGGACCCCCAGCAGCUCCCCCUUAACCCUGCCUCUGAGAAACAGAAGUAUCGGAAGAGCCUGCUAACCACCUUUCAAGUCAUGGUGGGUCACCUACAGUUCCAAGGUAUGGACAACACCAACAAGGAGAAGAACCGGGAAAGCUUGCUGGACAGUCCUGAUUCGGGGCUGCCCCCCAGCCCGAGCCCCCCUUUCUACUCCUUGUCUCCGGGCGGAGCUGAGAACAAAGCCGUGGACAAGAAUUCCUGCACAGAAAUCCUGGAUCAGGGACCCGCGAGAGAUGGUCCGGAAGGGAAGCUGAUUCCUUAUGUGUUUCUGAACUCCUACGCUUCUGAAAUCAGACCUCGAAUGUACCCGGUGUUUUUCGGAGAAAGCAUAGAGGUCAACCCUGAGCCGGCACAGGAAAUCAGGUGCAAUUCGGAGAUCAAGUACAGCUCAGAGAAACACUACCGGGAUGACAUCUUCUACCACCCCACACCCACCAUCACCACCUACCGAGAGUCCGUCACGGUGGCCCCCAACUGCACUUGGCGCAACUACAAGUCUCAGCUCCUUUUCGAGCCUCGUCAGAAGCCUCUCCGGUAUCAAAGCACAACCAUCAUUUUCCCCAAACGUGCCAGAAACCUUUACCGGACCACGCUCAACUACCAGCUGGGCUGUGCCAAGCGGUGGUUCGCCUCCAGCGUCCAACUCGCCUUGUGCGAGGACAACAACACCUACCUGACGCAUCCGGAGAACUUGUCCUAGGCUUUCUGGAAGGUCGGGCUAGGCUACACUGUCCAUCUAUGGCAUAGGUCCACCUCUUGGAGACACGUUUAUGGACUUCAUCAUCCCUCGGCUGAAGGCAUCUCAGAGACGUCCGUCCGCAGGGUUACAAUUUCAUCCUUUGCCGAAUCGAUUGUGGGCCAAGCCAAGUGUCUUUCACACUUCCAAGAACCAGUUGGAGGAGAGAGCGUCCUCUGAAGAUGUUAUUUAUGUAGCACUUAAAUGCCGCUUUUUAAUCCAGAAGGCUGUCUUUAGUACUUUGCUAUUUAAAUCUCUCUAAAGUAUGAAACUUUUUUGAAGAUUUCCCUGGUGCUUUUAGGAGGUUUUUUCCCCUUGGAAAAAAAGUAUUAUCCAAGAAUCUCAUUGGCCAAUCGAGCAAUCAUCAUCAUCAUUUAACGACCCCAUAAUUCCUUGCGGGGUGGAAUCUGGGCAACUGAAUGGAGCUAGCAGAGUUUUUGAAUGGCCGGAUGCUCUUCCUGUUGCCAGUGCGGAGUUUUGUCCAGCAGAUAUAUUUUCAUCGUGCCCAGAGAGAGAAAAACACCCGCCUCUACCUAGGAUCGAACUCACCGCCUCCUGAUUGUGAGGCGAGAGCUCUGCCUCUAGGCCACCACACCACUCAUUGGCCAAUCGAGCAGUCUAAGUGUUGAUUUCAUCUGGGGGAUAUUAUUGGAAAGUGUCAAGAUCACCAUGAUGGGAUUAACACACAAAAUGGAGGAAUUUUACGCAAGAAUUAUGCAUGAUAAGCUUUUUGGGGGUGGAGCCAAUAGUUGUCUUGGACCAAAUGUCUAUUCCCCCCCAAAAAAAAACAUUCUGUGAAAAAAAGCGUUUCAAAUUCAUAAUUUCAAGAGUUUGCCUCUCUAAAACGUCUGGGAAGGAUUUUCAGAGGAGAACCGGAAGUGAAUGCAUGGAAACCCGAAGGACAAAUGACUUCACAUUGCCAGCCGUUAGGUAACCAAAGAACCGGAAGAAGGAGAAAAAAAAAAAAACUUUGCAUAUCCUCCGCAACCAUCUCCUUGCUAUUAUAUUUCCUGCUUUUAAAGAUUGGGAUUUUCAGCAUUUUGAAUGCUGCAGAAAUCCGCACCAUCAUUAGAAGUAGCAAAACGAAGAGAGAUAUUGAUUUGAUCUUUCUCCGUCGGCUUUAAAACAAAACAAACCAAACCAAAGGAAAAAAAAAGCUUUAGAAAGGAAAUGAAAUCCGAAUGAAUCUUUUGGGGUGAUCUGAAAUUCAGAACGUCGGAGAAAUUUUUAACCAUGAAUGAUGGUUAAACUAACUGGCUCGGUGAACGAUGGCCAACGCAGUUUUAAAUUUUCAGUUUGGGGGGUAUUUAAGACUAGAGCAAUGGAAACAAGAGGAGAAAUUAGAAAUGUGUGUGGUUGAUAGGUGGAAGAUUAUAGAGAGGCCUCAGUUUCCCAGAAAUGGUUCGGGAAAUAAAUCAUUGUGGAUAGUCCUUGAUUUACGACCACAGUUGGGAGCAGAACUCUCCAUUGCUAAGCAAUGUUCAGUGAAUUGUGCCUGAUUGACGACCUUUGUGCCACCGUUGUUAAGUGAAUCCCUGCAGUUGUAAUGUCAAUCAUGCGGUCGUUAAGCGAACAACCCAACUUCCCCUCCCCCCCCAUUGACUCUGCUUGUAGGAAGCAAAGCCAGAAAGGUCACAAACAUCGAUCCCCUGACUAGAGACACUGCAACCAGGGCGGUCGUAAAUGCGAGGAACGGUCGCGAGUCACUUUCAUAACUCUGGAUGGCCUUUCCAACCGUUUUGGAGCCCAUCGGGGUCCCCCGUGGUCACACACACAGCCCCAAACUAAACGACAGAAUCGUGCCGCCUUAGAGACUGAAAAAAGCGGCCCUCCAAAGAAUUUAAACCAAGUCUUUGCGUUUAAAAAUUUGCAUUAUUUGAAGGGUGGUGGGGAAAAAAGACGCCGAUAUGAACGGGAGGUUUCCCAGGAUCGGACUGCAGCUUUUUUUUUUUUUGCUUUUUUUUGGUGGGGGGGGAAGGAAUAAAAUCAACCUUCAGCUGCGGCGAAGUUGCUUUUUGAAGAACCAAGAUGACAAGAUUGGGGAAAUCCAAGGCUUCCUGCCAAGGAGCUGAAAUUCUCCCGUUUGUUUUCCUCCCUUGCAUUCCUCUUCUUCCGUUUCUCACAAGGAGCGAGCCUGCUCAGGCCCUACACCCUCACCCAGGUGGUUUAGAUUAGACCCCCCCCCCCCCCCCCCCAUGCAAAAUAUCCAGCGGGAAAGAUGGCAAACCGGUUGCAACGGGCCGAAUGCCGGUUUCUGCACCCCAUUGUAUCCAAGGCCGGUUCUGAGUGGAGGGUUUUUUUUUUUUCCUCUUGGAAACGCAACUCAGUUGGACGUAGCCCCAAAUCUCACAAUUCAGGAGCUCGGAGGGUGGAUUUGGGGCGUGCUUUCAGCUGAAGGGCCUUCUUUUUUUGCAGCUGUAGAAAGUCUACUUGUAGAAAGUACAAGCUAUAGAAAGUAGACUGUAGACUUUCUACAGCUACCAGCCCAACAUUUCUGUUGCUAAGUGAAACAUUGGGUGAAGUGAAUUUUUUUCCCCCAUCUCAUGACCUUUCUUGUGACUUAUUUAAGUGAUUAAUUUAGUAAUCCGGUUGUUAAGUGAAUCUGGUUUCCUCGUGGACUUUGCUGGGCUGAAGGUCACAAAAACAGUAACGGUAACAAGAGUUGGAAGGAAGGGACCUUGGAGGUCAUCUAGUCCAACCCCCUGCUCAUGCAGGAGACCUGUACUAGGGAUUCGAACCGCUGAACUGCCGACCUUUCUGAUCGACAAGCUCAGUGUCUUAGCCACUGAGCCACCUAGUCAGGCAAAAAGGGGAUCACGUUGCAACCGUCAUAAAUGGGAACCAGUGGUCAAGCAACGAAGAUGAUUAGGGGAUUGGAGGCUAAAACAUACGAAGAAUGGUUGCUGGAAUUGGGUCUGUCUAGUCUGAUGAAAAGAAGGACCAGGGGAGACAUGAUAGCAGUCUUCCCAUAUCUCAGGGGCUGCCCCAAAGAAUAGAGGGAGUCAAGCUAUUGUCCAAAGCACCUGAGGGCAGGACAAGAAGCAACAGGUGGAAACUAAUCAAGGAGAGAAGCAACUUAGAACUAAGAAGGAAUUUACUGGCAGUUAGAACAAUUAACCAGUGGAACAGCUUGCCACCAGAAGUUGUGAAUGCUCCAACACUGGAAGUUUUUAAGAAGAUGUUGGAUAACCCUUUGUCUGAACUGGUGUAGGAUUUCCUGUCUAAGCAGGGGGUUGGACUAGAAGACCUCCAAGGUCCCUUCCAACUCUGUUAUUCUAUUCUAUCUAAAUUUUGAUCACGUGACUUAUAGGGAUGCUGCAAUGGUCAUAAGUUUGAAAAACAGUCACGGGUCCCUUAUUUUUCAGCCCCGCCAUAACUUCAAACGGUCACUAAAGGGACGGUUGUAUGUGGAGGACCACCUGCCAAUGGAUUGCAGCCUGCUUGCCAAAAGCAAGGAUUCUUGUAGGAAAAGGAGCCUGGAUAGCUCAGCAGACUAAUGCAUUGUAAUUUAACUUCAGCUGUCUGCAAUUAGUAAGUUCGAAUCUCACCAGGCUCAAGGUCGACUCAGCCUUCCAUCCUUUCUAAGGUGGGUAAAUUGAGGACCCAGUUUGUGGGGGCAAUAAGCUGACUUUGUAUAAAUAUACAAAAGGAUGAAGGCUAUUGCUUAGCGCAUUGUAAGCCGCCCUGAAUCUCCAGAGAAGGGCAGCAUAUAAAUCAAAUUUAAAAAAAAAAUCAGAUUAUUAUGCUGGUGAAGUCUUGCUUGAGUGAAUGGGCUGGUUUUGGCUCAGUUGGAUUGUUGAUCCUUGGAGAUGUUCGUUGCUUGGAUUUUCCCAAUCUUGUCAGCUUAAGUUUUCAAAAAACAACUUGGCCGCAGCUGAAGGAUGAUUUUAUUUCUUUCCCCCCCAAAAAAAGAAAAACUGCAAUUCGAUCCUGAGAAACCUCCUAUUCGUAUCAGCAUGUUUUUCCACUACCCAUGCAAAUUUUGAACGCAAAGACCUGUGGCUUGGCUUAAAUUCUUUGGGGGGCACUGUUUUAAGUCUUUAAGAUGACAUAAUUCUGUCAUUUAGUUUGGGGUGUGUGUGUGUGACCAUGGGGACCCCGAUGGGCUCCCAAGAUGGUUGACAAGGCCAUUCAAACUUACCUGGGCAUCAAAUAAUAGUCACAUUGGUCGUGAAGCUACGGUGUACAAAACCAGGUUGGAUGCAUCAAACCUAAAAUGUUUUAUGGAUGUUUUUAAGCAAAGCUCUUUCAGAAGAAGGGUUGAUAACUGGUUAGUAGGUUUUCAAUCUGGUUAUAUCUGAUGCGACACCAAAUUGUCAAUUAGAUUCUAGGUUAGAUCACAAUUUUCGGACAUAACGGAUGAAUCGUAGAUGACUCUUUGCAUCUCAUGAUACUAUCUCAAAUAGUAGCAACAUGUUGGUUCACUUCUAACCCCAAGCCGACAUUUGCAAAACUCUUUGGUUUGCGUGCUGAGUUCAGAUCCAGUGUUUGGACGUCCAACCUUGUCGUAGUAAAGGUGUAUUGCGUCUGAACGAUUUGUGGCUCUGAAUAGCUUUCAUCAAGCAUCGUUGUAGUGUUAGAAAGUUGACGUUAAGACGUAAGCGUGCAAACGUGGUGCGGGAAGCUGAUUGGGUGGUCAGACGUGGGACGAUAGAGAAUAAAAGGGCUUGGGAUUUUAGGUCUGUAAUUAUGACGUCAUAGCUCUGCUCUUCCUGAAUGCUAGUGAAAGUAUUUUUGCUGUUUUAUGUAUUACAAUAAGUCCGUGUUUUUCAAACUGGACAACUUUGAAGAGGUGUGGACCUCAACUCCCAGAAUUCCCCCUGCCAGCAAAGAAUUCUGGGAGUUGAAGUCCAUCCCUCUUCAAAGUUUCCCAGUUUGAUCAACACAGGGAUAAGGCAUUUUGCGGUUCCUUUUUUAUUUUUAUAUCUCUAUAAAUGUAUAUAUAUAUUCCUCCUGUUGCAUAAUGUCCGACUAACAGAAAUAAUUUAAGGAUUGUCAAAGGUGUUUAAACACGUAUCUAGCUUUAAUAAAACGAGGAGAAAAAAAAAAUCCCGAUUUUUUU